AUGUUGAAAACGAUUCUCAUCACCGGUUGCAACCGCGGCAUUGGACUCUGCCUCACUCAGAAACUCCUUGAAGACACGGAUAAUGUUGUCAUUGGCACUACUCGCUCAGAUACUAAAACACUUCUUGCCUUGAAGGACGCUCAUCGUGAUCGCCUACAUAUUAUUCAAAUGGACGUUAAAAUAGAAAAGAGUGUCAAAGAUGCUUUUACACAGAUAUCAAGUAUUUGCACUGGUCUCGAUGCUAUUAUCAAUAAUGCUGGAUAUGCGCCUGAUAAAACAAAGAAGGCGGAAAAUGUUACUCGUUCUGAUAUGAUGGAUGCGUUCGAAAUCAAUGCACUUGGUCCAUUAUUGGUCAUCCAGCAAUCCCUUCCACUGCUCAGAAAGGGUGUAAUGAAGAAAAUUAUUAAUGUAUCUUCAUUACUUGGUAGCCACGAAAUGAAUCCGGGAAGACAGGUUGCAUAUUCGACCGCAAAGUGUGCACUGGGUAUGAUUACCAAUGUCUUUGCAAAGGAGUUGGCGAAUGAAGGGUUUACCGUUGUUGCGGUACAUCCCGGUACAGUUGCGACUGAUAUGCGUCCGGAUUUGAAGCUGCCCGGUGCGAUGCCGCAUAUACAGCCGGAGGAGAGUGCAGAGAGUAUUUUGAGUAAUGUCGUAUUCGCAAAAGGAAACCUGAAUGGAAGAUUUGUUGCUUGGAAUGGAGAAGCUAUGCCGUGGUAG